AUGAUGGCACCCAUCUCGAGGAACGAUGAAUUUAUUAAUAAGAAAAAGGAGGAAGGAGAUAUUGUGAAAUUCCAAACGCUUUUGACUGAAGGAAAGCAAGCAUACAUAUCAGGGAGGUUCAAAGAAGCUGAAACAAAACUGAGCGAGGCUGCUGAACUCUCUGUCAGCAUUUAUGGAUAUUUCGCUAUUCCAACAUUUGAUCCUCAUCUGUAUUACGGCAAGACUUUGCUUGAAUUGGCCAGACUGGAGGAUAGCGUUUUUUCAAAUGCUCUGCAAGGUAUAUCAGCUAUCGACGAAGAAGGAUGCAAGAAUAAUGAAAAGGAUGAAGGUAUCGAAGAAGUGGAAUCACUUACUGAAGAAGAAAGAGCUGAAAUUGUAGAAAAGGUUGGCAAUGUAUUGGAAGAGAAUGCUGAAACCUUGGAGAAAAAAAUUGCCUGUUGUCGGGUUGAUUCUUUCAAUAUGCUGGAGGAAAAUAAGGAAGAAGAGAAGGAAAAGGCUGAUAUUGCGGACAAGUAUGAAACAGAUGUGACUAUGGAAAGCGACAGAAAUUGUGUGGAAAAGAAGCAAACAAGGAGAGAUCAUGCAGUCAAAAGCGAUAAGAAGGAAAAUGAAGAUGAAACUGUGGAUCACAAGAAAGAAAGAGACAAAACUGAAAGAAAGAUGAAAAAUGACUAUGUGGAGGAUAAGGAGAAGGAAGAAAAGGAAAUUGAAGACGAAGAAGAUGAUAAAUUAGUUGAAGGUAGUAAGGAUGAAAUUUCGGAGGAAAAUGACAGUAAGGACGAAUCCAAUGACGCUGGAGAUGUUGAGUAUCUGCAGCUGGCAUGGGAGAAUUUAGAAGUAGCACGAACCAUUUGUGAUAAGCAUCUAGAAGAAGAAGGUUGGAAAGAGAAGAAAGUGGAAGUUCUUUUGGAUCUCGCUGACUGCGCAACUGAUGCCGAGAAUUACAAACAAGCGAUUGAUGAUAUUGAUGCUUGUAUCUUACUUACGGAAAGCAUUUUUGGUGGAUUCGACCGGCGUGUUGCACAAGCUUACUUUGUAAAAGGGCGAACUCACAAUCUUUCGAAAGAUUUUGGGAAUGCUGCUAAAGUUUUCGGAAAAUCAAAAGAAAUUCUGGAGGCGAGAUUAGCAAAACUAGAAGCACAAUUAGCACAUGAAAGUCAGGAAGAAAUAGAGAAAAUUAAGAAAGAAAUUGAUGAACUGAAAUCUCUGCUGCCUGAAAUUCAAAUGAAAAUUGACGAUUCUUUGGAAAGUGCGAAAAGUUUAACAAAAGAAAAUGUUGCUACGGAAGAUGAUAAAAAGGAAGUGUCACUUAAGUCAUCAAUAAAAGGAAUGCCUGUUGACGAUGUUAGCAGUUUGGUACGUAAAAAAUUAAAGAGACCAGCAGAAGAUGAAGUGCAAAAGGAAACAAAAAGGACAAAAGAUAAUGGGAACCCUGAAAAUGCUGAAAUUGGUUCUCGUUCCUAA